AACCAAGGCACCACGCUGGCGUGGACCCUCCAAAGUGGAUCAGCCUCGCCCCAAGGCUUGCACCACAGGACAGGUUACGACCCGGCGGCGUCACGCGCCCGGACUCCCGCAGGCUCCGCCCCGAGGCAGGCAUAGCCAAUGACGGGGCGGGGGCGGGCCCUGUCGGGGCUGUAGCCUGAGAGGCUUUAAAGCCUGAGCCCGGCGCUGUUCCUCCAGAUUCUCGGACCUCGGCGACCUCCGGGGAUCCGAGUUUGCAGACUUCUUGUGCGCAGCUAGCCGCCUCAGGUGUUUGAACCAUGAAUCUUUUACUCCUUUUGGCUGUCCUCUGCUUGGGAACAGCCUUAGCUACUCCAAAAUUUGAUCAAACCUUUAGUGCAGAGUGGCACCAGUGGAAGUCCACACACAGAAGACUGUAUGGCACGAAUGAGGAAGAGUGGAGGAGAGCGAUAUGGGAGAAGAACAUGAGAAUGAUCCAGCUACACAACGGGGAAUACAGCAACGGGCAGCACGGCUUUUCCAUGGAGAUGAACGCCUUCGGUGACAUGACCAAUGAGGAAUUCAGGCAGGUGGUGAAUGGCUACCGCCACCAGAAGCACAAGAAGGGGAGGCUUUUUCAGGAACCGCUGAUGCUUAAGAUCCCCAAGUCUGUGGACUGGAGAGAAAAGGGUUGUGUGACUCCUGUGAAGAACCAGGGCCAGUGCGGGUCUUGUUGGGCGUUUAGCGCAUCGGGUUGCCUAGAAGGACAGAUGUUCCUUAAGACCGGCAAACUGAUCUCACUGAGUGAACAGAACCUUGUGGACUGUUCUCACGCUCAAGGCAAUCAGGGCUGUAACGGAGGCCUGAUGGAUUUUGCUUUCCAGUACAUUAAGGAAAAUGGAGGUCUGGACUCGGAGGAGUCUUACCCCUAUGAAGCGAAGGACGGAUCUUGUAAAUACAGAGCCGAGUUCGCUGUGGCUAAUGACACAGGGUUCGUGGAUAUCCCUCAGCAAGAGAAAGCCCUCAUGAAGGCUGUGGCGACUGUGGGGCCUAUUUCUGUUGCUAUGGACGCAAGCCAUCCGUCUCUCCAGUUCUAUAGUUCAGGCAUCUACUAUGAACCCAACUGUAGCAGCAAGAACCUCGACCAUGGGGUUCUGUUGGUGGGCUAUGGCUAUGAAGGAACAGAUUCAAAUAAGAAUAAAUAUUGGCUUGUCAAGAACAGCUGGGGAAGUGAAUGGGGUAUGGAAGGCUACAUCAAAAUAGCCAAAGACCGGGACAACCACUGUGGACUUGCCACCGCGGCCAGCUAUCCUGUCGUGAAUUGAUGGGUAGCGGUAAUGAGGACUUAUGGACACUAUGUCCAAAGGAAUUCAGCUUAAAACUGACCAAACCCUUAUUGAGUCAAACCAUGGUACUUGAAUCAUUGAGGAUCCAAGUCAUGAUUUGAAUUCUGUUGCCAUUUUUACAUGGGUUAAAUGUUACCACUACUUAAAACUCCUGUUAUAAACAGCUUUAUAAUAUUGAAAACUUAGUGCUUAAUUCUGAGUCUGGAAUAUUUGUUUUAUAUAAAGGUUGUAUAAAACUUUCUUUACCUCUUAAAAAUAAAUUUUAGCUCAGUGUGUGUGUAUGUGGGACUUCAGUGUGUAAUGUGUUGACAAAUGUUCGGGACUAAAUACUGAUUCAGGGUGACAUGGUACAGCAAGAAAAAGGUGGCAGGUGCUCUGGAGCCUUCGGAUUUCACCUCAGUGUCCCAUCAGAUUAGGUAUGUGUUAGUGAAUCUAGCUUGGGAUAAUUGUUUUCUUUUUGUGUGUGUACAUGGUAAAUGUGUGGAGUUCAGAGAACAACUCAGUUCCACAGUGUUGGUCCUAUCAGGUCCUAGCCAUCAAAAUAAGGUUGUCAGGCUGGGCCACAGGUGCCUUUUACUACUGAGCUAUCUUGCCAGCCCCACUAGUUUUUAAGUGACAUAAUUACGUAUGUUUAUACUAUAAUGUGUUUUUGAUAUGAUGUGUAUACUACAAAAUGAUCUGAUAGGGCUAAUAAGCUUACCUCAAAUAUUUAAUUACUUUGUUGAACUUUUCUAGCUGUUUUUAAAAUACACAGUAUAUUAUUGUUGGAAACUGUCCUGUUAUGUAGACCAGGCUGGCCUUAAGCCCAUGAUCUCCCUUCCUCAGCCUUCUAAGGGCUAAGAUAAACAUGUAAUGUUAUACCCAGUCUCAAGUCUCAUAUCUGGCAAAACUUGACAGUCCAGAAGAACAUGAGUAAAUCGCUCAGCACAGGAGUCUCAACUUUUCUAAUUCUGUGACCUUUCAAUAUAGUUCCUCCUGUGUGACUCAAACCAUAAAAUUAUUUUUGUUACUACUUUAUAACUAAUAUUGCUACAGUUAUAAAUCAUAAUGUAGAUUUUUUUUUUUUUUUUUUUGGAAAUAGAGGUUUGUCAAAGGAGUCACAGCGCUGAGAACCACUGUUCUAGAAACUUGCAGGUUUUACAUAUUAGGCUGACUGGAAGAAGGUUGAAGUGCUAGUUUCAGUAGUGCCUGUCCACAUUGCCAGUGAAGACCACAAUCCUGCUAUGUAGUUCUAGAAAGGGCCAUACACAGGUGGGCUGUAGGCUGACAUUAUUCCCAAUUGGCCUGAGAAACCCCAUGCUACCCAGGAAUGACAAAAAAAUAAAUGAAUAAAUACAUUAAGCAGUUGUGAUUAACUUCCCAGGUGAUGACAAUACUGGAGAUGGGCAUGCCCCUGAGGUAGAAUGAUCCAGGCAUGGGCGUAGCCAGCCUUGAAAAUGUCAAUGACUUAGCAGGGUUCUUUUCAAAACUGAAUUUUUACAAGGGAGUUCAUAGAUGGACCUUGAUGGAAACUGACUACCAGAAAAGACUCGAUCUCUCUGCCAUGUUGGGGUCAGCAAACAAAUACCACAAGAUAAAUGCACUUCAGCAUUUCAAUUAUACCGUUUGUAUGCCCUCUGCCUUGCUACUUUCACACCAGAUUGUCUAAAAUGCCUGACGGACGCCGCUUCAGGAAGGAAGGAAGGAUUCGUGUUAGGUCAUAGUGGUCAGAGGGGUACAGGUCAUGAUGGUGAUGGGGCACGGGAGGACCAGAACAGUUUGUUUCACUGGUCAGGAAGGAAGGUCAGGAAGCAAGGUGAAGGCUGAUGCUCAGCUGGCUUUUUUGUUUCCAAAUCCUUUUAUUAUCUGAGCCCUGAGUAUAUGCUAUGGUGCCAUCCACAAUCAGGGUAGAUCUUACCUUAGUCUUCUCUGAAAAUGUCCCACUGAACACACAGCAUCUCUUAGAUUAUUUUUAUUUUGGGUGUUGGGGAUGGAGUAUGGGUAUGUGUUUGCAUAGCACGUGUGCGUGUACUUAAAAGGUCAAAGUUCGGGCUGGCGAGGUGGCUCAGUGGGUAAGAGCACCCGACUGCUCUUCCAAAGGUCCAGAGUUCAAAUCCCAGCAACCACAUGGUGGCUCACAACCAUCUGUAACAAGAACUGACUCCCUCUUCUGGUGUGUCUGAAGACAGCUACAGUGUACUUACAUAU